UUCUUGUGAACACAAGUUUUUAUUCCUCUGAGACAAAUUUUCUCAAAGUAGCUGGACCUUCUGCUUUCUGGGAAGGCAAAAACAAAACACACACAAAUGGGAGGUGGAAAUGGAGGUGCACUCAGAACUUGGGGUUCUGAGGAAAAAAGAUGGUGAGGUGGAGGCCAUUAUAGGAUGCACAGUGAGAUCCUGUCUGAAAACGUCAACAAAAACGGUCACACUUUCAGAGUGGCUGUACCUUUUACAGCACCCACCUCACCAGUAAGCCACCAGACUCUUCUCCUUGGCACCUGGAUAUAUACAUCACAAAUUUCCCAGCCACUAUCGAUCUGAGCCACACUGAUGUUGGGUUUUAAUUUGCAUUUUCCUGGUGAGUGGAGGUGGGACACGUUUUCAGACGCUGUCUCCCAGGAGCUCUUCAUUUCCAGACGUUCACACGGGAAGCAGUCUCUUCCCAGGGGACUCAGCACCGCCCUUGCCCUUCGGUUGUGAUUUUCUGUUGAGAACCUGCCUUGUCACACGAUGAUUUCUAAGUGAAUUCAGAACAGCUUGGGAGUCACAACCAAAAAAGGCCUUUUCUUCAAUGCGUGAUAAACGGCAGACUGACUUCACAGAGACUUAAAGGAGUUAAGGAAUGAGGAAGGAGUUGUUAGGAAAGGGGCCAGACUGGGGGUUGCCAACCCUUUAACUCAAGUCCCAGGAGCUUCUCCCCCACACAUGCGCAGCGCCCCCUGCUCCGUCCCGCCCCUAGCCCUUCCUCUUAGUCCAUGACCAAUUAGGGUGGAGGAGGCGGGAUCCCGCUGGCCGCGGUGCUGCUUGGGUAGCAUCCUUGGUUACUGUUGCUAGGGCAGCGGGUCUCCGCAGGAGGUGGGAGUAGGAAGUUUUGGGGAGGUCAAGGGUCAGUGCGGAGUCUCUGUUGGAGAUGGUGAAGCAGACGAUCCAGAUUUUCGCUAGGGUAAAGCCCUCCGUACGGAAGCAGCAGCAAGGGAUUUAUUCCAUAGAAGAAGAUGAAAAAUUAACACCUAGCUUGGAAAUUCUCUUACCCCGGGAUCUGGCGGAUGGAUUUGUGAACAAUAAGCGAGAAAGCUACAAGUUUAGAUUUCAAAGGAUUUUUGACCAAGACGCAAAGCAAGAGAUCAUUUUCGAAAUCAUUGCCAAACCAGUUGCUGAGAGUGUCCUGGCAGGUUACAAUGGUACCAUCUUCGCGUAUGGGCAGACAGGCAGUGGCAAGACGUUCACCAUCACAGGUGGGGCCGAGCGGUACAGCGACAGAGGCAUCAUCCCAAGGACUCUGUCAUAUAUUUUUGAGCAGUUGCAAAAGGACAGCAGCAAGGUCUACACGACACACAUUUCUUACUUGGAAAUCUACAAUGAAUGUGGCUACGACCUGCUGGAUCCGAGACACGAAGCCUCCAAACUGGAAGAUCUGCCGAAAGUGACAACAUUGGAGGAUCCUGAUCAGAACAUUCACCUGAAAAACCUGUCUCUUCAUCAGGCAACAACCGAGGAGGAAGCUUUAAACUUGCUCUUCUUGGGGGACACCAACAGGAUGAUUGCAGAGACUCCUAUGAACCAAGCUUCAACCCGAUCACACUGUAUUUUCACUGUUCACUUGACCAGCAAGGAGCCAGGAUCUGCUACCGUCCGACAUGCUAAGCUCCAUUUGGUUGACCUGGCUGGGUCAGAGCGUGUGGCAAAGACUGGAGUCGGAGGUCUGCUUCUGACAGAGGCCAAGUACAUCAACUUGUCACUGCACUACCUGGAGCAGGUCAUCAUCGCCCUUUCGGAAAAGCACCGCACACACAUCCCUUACAGGAACUCCAUGAUGACAAGCGUGCUCAGAGACAGUCUGGGGGGCAACUGCAUGACCACUAUGAUCGCCACGCUCUCUCUAGAGAAGAGGAACAUUGAUGAGUCCAUCUCUACCUGCAGAUUCGCUCAGCGAGUGGCCCUCAUCAAAAACGAAGCCGUCCUCAAUGAAGAAAUUGACCCCAGACUGAUGAUUGUCCGCUUGCAAAAGGAGAUUGCAGAUCUGAAGGCGGAGCUGGCUGUGGCCACCGGGGAGUUGAGGACAGAGGCACUCACCGAAGCAGAGCUCCAUCAGCUGGAAAAACUAAUAGCAUCCUUUUUGGAAGACCAAGAUCCAGAGAGUAGACUGGAAGUUGGCGCCGAUAUGCGUAAAAUCCAUCACUGUUUUCAUCAUUUUAAGAAGCUGUUGAAUGACAAGAGCACCGUAAAGAAUCCAGUCUCCUCUGAAAGCACGCACCAGGCAUGCCAAGAGCCGUUGGAAGGUGAAGAAUAUAUGAAGCUCCGAGACCUUCUCAAGCAGAGGGACAAUGAGAUCAAUAUCCUGGUCAACAUGUUAAAAAAGGAAAAGAAGAAAACUCAGGAUGCCCUGCACUUCUCUAGCAUGGAGAAGAGUGAGGCCAGGACACCACAGAACUCACCCUUCGUUUCUAGGAGCCCAGCAAGUCAGAGCACCUCCGUCUCCUCAGUCCUGAGCCAGGACCAUAGCAUCUACAGGCACAGCUCCAGUUUGCUCCACAAAAAAACAGGAAUGAGAGAGGAGAUGUCCCUGGGACGCCAGGAGGCUUUUGAAAUUUUCAAGAGGGACCACGCUGACAGUGUCACCAUCGAAGACAACAAACAGAUUCUGAAGCAGAGAUUUUCUGAAGCAAAGGCUCUGGGAGAAAGUAUAAAUGAAACAAGAAGUAAGAUUGGUCAGCUAAAGGAUGCCAUCACCCAGAGGCACCUACAGCAGGUAGCUCUCGGAAUCUCAGAGAACACGGUCACACCCUCCCUGCCUGACCUCCAGGAAGAGAAACUGCGUUCCCAGCUGGAGGAGGAAAAGAGCAGGUACAAAUCGACGUUCAUGCGCCUGAAGGCCCUGAAGGUGGAGAUUGAACACCUGCAGCUGCUCAUGGACAAAGCCAAGCUGAAGCUGCAGAAGGAGUUCGACGUCUGGUGGGCUGAGGAGGCCGCCAGCCUGCAGGUAAACUCCCCAGCCGCAAAUCCUCAGGAGGGUGUGAAGCCGGUGCCGCAGCGGGACCAGCCACGGCAUCUCUCCAAGAAAAGUUCUCAAAGAUGGGAAGUUGAAGAUAGAGCUGACAGUGUGGAUGUCUGUGAUAGAAAUGCCAGAAGAAUCCUCCCCUCCCCUCGCCCCAGUGAGCACAGCCAAGGGUCCAGUAGCUCCAGGACACAGCUACAAGGCAGCAUCUCCGAAAAGCAGAUAUCAUCCAUCCCUCUCACGGGAGACAGCCAGACAGAUUCCGACAUCCUGGCAUUCAUCAAGGCCAGACAGAGCGUUCUGCAGAAGAAAUGCCUGGGAAGCAACUGACUUUCUGAUGGGAUUCCAACCGUGUCCUGCAGACGGAAUGACUGAUGUAAAGACAAAGACCCUGCCCCUCACUGUGACCUCAGAUACGACAUAAAGCCACCCCAGAGCAGCUGGCGAAUGUGAGGCCAGAGGAGGAGAGCUGUACUUGGAGGAGGUGUCUGGGCGAGCACCAGAGAGGACUUGUAGGGCUGUUGGAUGGUCCUGACAGAGCCGCUGGAAGGGUGGCCAAUGUCAAGAAGCUGAGGGCAAGGCUGGGUUGCUGCUCACUGUCACAUUUAUGAGAGACUUGGUGAUGGUGCAAUACACCAUCAUAGUGUACAGACUGGGGACAUUCCAGGUGGCACAAUAUAGGAGGAUAAUAAUCCAUUUUUUCUAGCUAUUUGCCAGCCACCACCCUAGUCUACCCCUGGCUUAGAAGCCCAGGGAUGCCCAUGGCAGGCCAGGCAGGGCUUCGGAGCACCAGAUAAGACAGUAGAAUGUAGGGCACCUCAAGGCCAGUGUCCCAGCCCAAACGCUCUGCUAUCACACCCUCGCCCUGUCUCCAGGGACCUAUGUGUCCUUGCAGUCUGAGGAUUCACACUACCAGAGAACAGUGGCAAGCUCCCCAGAGCUCUGCAGGCAUCAGGACCUUGAGCCAAUACCCCACCAAGCUGUGUGGGGCUCUACAAAAUUAAAGUCCAGACUCCCUGUCCCCACAGGGAGAACACAGCUACCCAGGGGUCUUGUCUCAGUGCCCCUCCCAUCAUUCCACAACCUGGCUCUGUGACUUGGACUCAGUGGACAUGAAAAGGAGGGAACACAGUCAGCGGCGGCCUGUGUUGUGUUUCCAACCUAGCUAGAGUCAGGCAGGGCAAUGGAGGUGCAGAAAGAGGCGCCCAGAAAUUAUGACAGCCAAAUAAAAAUACCUUCUGCUGGUGGUUGUCUGUUCCAUCGUCUAAGAACUCGUGAUCUUGGGGAGCAGACAGGGGACGACACAGCAACGUGGACUCGUUUGGGUCGAUGCUGUUGACUUCUGUCACUCCUUUUCGGGUAUCCUGAAGCUAGGCAGGCCUGUAGCAUUCUUCUUGGUCAUAGCCUGGCUUAUGCCAUUAGGAGCCAGAAGCAUGAAGCAGGCCAGCCUUGCCCUUCCACAGCUGAUUUCUUGGUCUGCAACAGACUUUAAGAUGGAAAGUGCUGGGACAACCAGAGCCUGUUGUCUAGGUCCUCCCUGUGACCCCAGCACAGAUCCAGUUCUUACCAAACAGUGCCCCCUCGUGACUGGCGUCAGUGAUCCCAGAACACAUCUUCUAGAGCUUGCUAAGGUCUGUUGACUCUCACUCUCCUGCUGAGAGGUUAUCUCCUGGAUCCAAAGGCUUUAUUGGCUGAGGUGUGUGGUAUAGCCUCACACAGGGUAUGGAAGAGUCACCCAACCUGGAGAGGGAGUAAAGAAGAGAAGAACACACCAGCCAAGGAACCCAGGCCUACAGGGCAUUGGCAGUCAACCUUGGAGGAGCCUCCUUAAAAUCCACCUUAAAUCUCUCAGUGGGUGCUGGGGCUUUGGUGUGGACCCACACUGGACCACAGUGUACCUUCCCCCAAAGAGUCUCUGCAAAUGGGAGGAAGGGAUGAAGACUUUGAAAGGACUCUCUAGCAUCAGUCUGGGCUCAAUGGAGCGGGGACAACAAGGAAUGUCUGAGUUCAAAUGUGGAGACUGAAAUGUUUUCUGGUCAGUGACCCUGGUCCAAUCCUAGAUAGAAUUCAGCUGUCUGUCAUUCUCUCCACAGGCAGAGGGUUGGGGGGAAAGUGCAUUGAAAAAGGAGAUUUCAGAUUGCUGAGCAAGUAAAGACAUCCGCCACCAACUCUGAUGGCCUGAGUUUGGUCCACAGGACGGACAUGGAAGGAAGAGCCCUGGCUGCCACACGUUGCUCUUUGGUGCUUUUGACUGUCUCUAUCAAUCUAUUUUAUCAGCAAAGACUCGGAAGCCAGAUCCCAGGGUGAAAACCUGCUAGCUUAGAAAGGCAGAGAAAGCGCCCAGCUCUUCCUCUGCCGCCAUCUUCCCAGAAAGAGAACUUUCUCCUACACUGUCCAAACAAAAACUCCUCCAACUGGCUGUCCCUCCUUUCUACUUCCUGUGU